AUGGAGGUCUGCGGCGCCGAGGAGAAGCAGACGCUGCCCAAGAAGAGGGGCGGCGGGAAGGGGGCGGCGAUGGGCGUGCGCGCGGACGGCGGCGGCGGCGGCAAGGGCCGGCGGCCGUCCUUCCCCGGGCGGUGCGCGCGGCUCGUCAAGGAGCAGCGCGCGCGGUUCUACAUCAUGCGCCGCUGCGUCACCAUGCUCGUCUGCUGGCGCGACUACGCCUGA